CCCAAACUCCAUCAGUUUCUUGAAGGAGAAGAAAGAUGAAGACUUACUACCAGUUGUGUGUCCUCGUUGCCCUGGUGUUCACGGUUCACUCAGGUCCUGUACCACAGCCGACUGAGAAGGAUGAAGAGUUUGCAAAGAAUUACUUGAAAAAACUGUACAACAUGGAAGAGGAGAACAAGUCAUCCUUUGGGCGUACGGUCAGUGAGAUGAGCAUGAGGCUGAGUGAGAUGCAGCAGUUUUUCGGGUUAAAUGUGACAGGAACUCUGGACGCUGAAACGCUGGAGAUGAUGAAGAAGCCUCGCUGUGGAGUUCCAGAUGUGGCUGCGUACAAAGCCAGAGAUGCCACUUACAAAUGGACUAAAAACAAGUUGACCUACAGGAUUGAGAAUUACACUCCCGAUAUGCCUAAGGCUGAGGUGGAGAAAUCCAUCGCGAGAGCGCUGCAAGUCUGGGCUCGCGUCACUCCUCUGAAGUUCACCCGCAUCUACAGCGGUGUAGCUGACAUCAGGAUCUCUUUUACUACCGGAGAUCAUGGUGAUGGCUCCCCAUUUGAUGGGCCUGGUAAUAUCUUGGCUCAUGCAUUUCCUCCCGGAAAUAACAUUGGUGGAGACGCCCAUUUCGAUGAUGAUGAGACGUUCACCUUCGGGUCUUCUGAGGCAUACAACUUGUUCUUGGUGGCUGCUCAUGAAUUUGGACACUCUUUGGGCCUUGAACAUUCCAAUGUUUUUGGUGCUCUGAUGUAUCCAAUAUACAGCUACACCAAUGAGAAAAAUUAUGUUCUGCCCAGAGAUGAUGUUCAAAGAAUUCAGGCUCUGUAUGGCUCAAACCCCCACAAACUUGAUGAGCCUGAGCCCACACCUCCAGUCACCCCUGAUGCCUGUGACCCCAAUCUGGUCCUGGAUGCUGUUACAACUCUGCGUGGAGAGAAGUUCUUCUUCAAAGACGGGGUGUUCUGGCGCAGCUCCCCUUAUAUCAGCACAGUUGAGCAAUACCCGAUCAAACGCUUCUGGCCAAAACUUCCUGAUAAUAUUGAUGCUUCUUUUGAGAAUCCAUCAAAGGAUUUAGUGUACAUCUUUCAAGGUGAGAGGGUCUGGCUUGUCCGUGCUUAUGACAUUGUGAAAACCGAGAGUCUCGGGAGCUUCGGUUUUCCAGCUCCAGUGAAGAAGAUUGACGCUGCCCUUUAUGACAAGAAAACUGGAAAGGCAUUGCUUUUUGUUGGCAGCUCCUACUACAGCUAUGACAUGAACAACGAGAAGAUGGACUGGGAUGACCCAAAACCAGUGGAACAAAGUUUCCCAGGAAUGACAGGAAAAGUUACUGCAGCUUUACAGGAAAAUGGUUAUUCAUACCUCUUCAGUGGGCCAAAAGUUUUCCAGUUCAACAAUGGAAGGCUGCAAAAUGUGCUGAACAACAACAACUUCUUGAAGUGCUAUUUUCUGUUUUAUGAAUUCUCUUACCGCCAGACGCCGGUCUUUCUCGGCGUUCUGGAUCCGGAGAGCCUUCACCUCCUCCACCAGCUCCAGGAUGCUUUUCUGCUGCUGUUUAACAGCAGAAAUCUCCUUAAUCAAAAACUCGAGGGUCGUCUUGAGUUCCUCGCCCUCCUCUGCUGUCAUUGCCCUCUUCGGCCGCAUGCUGCUGCUAGGAGAAGAAAGAUGAAGACUUACUACCAGUUGUGUGUCCUCGUUGCCCUGGUGUUCACGGUUCACUCAAAUCCUGUACCACAGCCGACUGAGAAGGAUGAAGAGUUUGCAAAGAAUUACUUGAAAAAACUGUACAACAUGGAAGAAGAGAACAAGUCGUCCUUUGGGCGUACGGUCAGUGAGAUGAGCAUGAAGCUGAGUGAGAUGCAGCAGUUUUUCAGGAUAAAUGCGACAGGAACUCUGGACGCUGAAACGCUGGAGAUGAUGAAGAAGCCUCGCUGUGGAGUUCCAGAUGUGGCUGCGUACAAAGCCAGAGAUACCAUUUACAAAUGGACUAAAAACAAGUUGACCUACAGGAUUGAGAAUUAUACUCCUGAUAUGCCUAAGACUGAGGUGGAGGACUCCAUCGCGAGAGCACUGCAAGUCUGGGCUCGCGUCACUCCUCUGAGGUUCACCCGCAUCUACAGCGGUGUAGCCGACAUCAUGAUCUCUUUUACUACCGGAGAUCAUGGUGAUGGCUCCCCAUUUGAUGGGCCAAAUGGUUUCUUGGCUCAUGCAUUUGUCCCCGCUCCUGGCUUAGGUGGAGAUACCCAUUUUGAUGAAGAUGAAACCUUCACCUUCACAUCUUCUAAAGGAUACGUCUUGUUCUUGGUGGCUGCCCAUGAAUUUGGACACGCCCUGGGCCUUGACCAUUCCAGUGAUCCUGGAGCUCUCAUGAAUGCAGUGUACACCUACAGAGAUGUUAACAGCUUCGUUCUUCCUCGAGACGACAUCAUUAACAUUCAGGCUCUCUAUGGCCCGAACCCUGAUAUGCCCAAUUUGCCAACACCUCCACCCACUCCUAAUGCCUGUGACCCCGCACUGGUCCUGGAUGCUGUCACAAUGCUGCGUGGAGAGAUGUACUUCUUCAAGAAUCAGAUUUUCUGGCGCCGCCAGGCUCAGGACCCUAAAGCUUCAGAACAUCUGAUUAAGAGCUUCUGGCUUGAUCUUCCAGAAAAUAUCGAUGCUGCUUUUGAGAAUCCAUCAGAUGAUUUGGUAUACUUCUUUAAAGGUCGGAAGGUCUGGGCUGUCAAUGGUUAUGAUGUUGUGAAACGCAUGGAUCUCAGCAGCUUCAGUUUGCCGGCUAACGUGAAGCAGAUCACCGCUGCCCUUUAUGAUGAGUCUACUAGAAAGACAUUGUUCUUUGUUGGCAAAUCAUACUACAGCUAUGACAUGAACAAGAAGAAGAUGGACAAGGGUUAUCCUGAGCAUGUGGAAAAGAAAUUCCCAGGAAUGACAGGAAGCGUUACUGCAGCCUUCCAGUUCAGAGGUUUCACCUACAUCAUCAGUCAAAAAAUAAUCUUCGAGUUUAGCGAAUCAACGCUGAUGCGUGUGCUGGGAAACUCCUACUUCUUACAGUGCAACCGUUUUUAAUGCCUUUUCUAUUUAUCUGUCAUGCAGGCAGUGGACAGUAAAUUAUUUUAAUGCAGACAGUAAACUGUGUAAUAAAUUAUUGAGUAAAUUGUUCUUUAAUUUGAGAGUAAUUUUCUGAGUAAUUGUAAUUCCUCAAAUUAUACUUUCUAAAUAAACUUUUCAUGUGAAGUUAAAGCUA